UCACUACGUGCGUCUUGACGCAGCUCUCUGAGACUCUAGGACGACCGGAUAACGGGAACCGAGAAGGGGGACAGGAGCAGAACGCGUCAGUCUGACAGACACAGACGGGGUGCUAUUGUAUAACACAGGCCUUCAGUUUUUUUCCUCUCUGAGCUGCCGCCGCGCGGAGGAGCGGCUGCUUUUAUUUUAUUUCUCUUCUCUGUUUUUUCUAACCGAGGAGGUGGAGACAGGAGCAGAGGGCGCAGCGGGGCUCGGUGUUGCAUCGGCCGCUGCUGGCGGAGGACCUGCACAUGUCGGCGCUGUGAGGGACCGUUUGUUUCCCCGCCCUGAUACGGUUGGAGGACGGCAGGAGGAGGCUGUGUGGAGGGGUUUAAACCGCCAGAAGAACAACAUCAUCAACCUGUGAGAAAAACCAAAAAAAAUAUUAAUCAGGUGCGGCCGUUUUAACGGUCAACAGAGGAUCCGUUAAAAACGAGCGAGAAGGACAACAGUGAUGCGGCAGCCGAGGUGGGCCCAGAUUGAUGAUUUUAUGAUAUCAUCACCGUCAUCCACCGCCAGGACCGAUCACUGAUUUUAUUGAUAAGGAGUCUCAUCGAUGAGAAGGUUAUAUGCUAUAAACUGACCCGGAGUGUUUAUGUGUGGGUUUUUUUUUCUGGAUAAGCAGGAGGAGGAUCAUCUGUGCUUGAUUACACUGAUUUUUCUUCUACAUAAGGAGCUAUAGGAUCAAUAGGUUAAUCGUAGAAAAUAAACAUCCAAAUUUAGUCUGUGUGUGACGCCAGUACAGCAGCAGAGAGGCGUGUGUGUGUGUGUGUGUGUCUGUGCGCGUGUGUGUGUUUGCGUGUGUGUGUGUGUGAGGAGACGCGCCUGUCUGAGCAUCAUCUGGAAGCUGUGCAGGCUCUGCUCCUCCACGGGGAUGAUACACAAGCCAUUUCUCAUCUGUGCGUGAAAAAUAGAAGAUUCAGGGAUGUUGCUGCCGCUGCUGCCAUUUCCAGUCCGGCUCUGAUAUAGACAGCGAGGCGCACAACACGGGACUGGACAUCCAGAAAAUAUCUCUCCUCUCCUCCGCCUCUGCACCUUCUCCCCCCUGUAUCUCUCUCCCCUCUCCUCCACCACCUCCUCCUCCUCCACCACCACUCCAGAGAGUCUAUUCAUUCUGAUCAAUUGAUAAUCCAUCUGUGAUUCAGAAAGCCACCCACUCCUCCAUCCUCUCCUCCAUUCACCCGUACAUCCUCUUAAACGCCUCUUUACGCACUCACACGCGCAAAGGCACGCACGCACGCACGCACGCACGCAGUAGCACCACCACCACCGCCAUCUACAGCCAUCAUGGAGACGACCAAGCUGCCUCCGUCCAGCCCGUCCUCGCCGACCACCAGCUUCUCGGUGCCCUCAGCGGAGAAGGUGGACGGCUUCCCGCGCAGGUCCAUGCGCAGAGCCCGGCAGAGGAGGUCCCACAGCUCCUCCCAGUUCCGCUACCAGAGCUCCCAGGUGGAGCUCACACCGCUGCCCCUGCUCAAAGACGCCCCGGUGGCAGAGUUACAUGACCUGUUCUGUAAGAAGCUGCAGCAGUGCUGUGUGCUGUUUGAUUUCCUGGACUGCGUGGCUGACCUGAAGGGGAAGGAGAUCAAACGUGCGGCACUCAAUGAGCUGGUGGAGAGCGUGGCCACUAGCAGAGGAGUCCUCAUAGAGCCUCUCUACCCAGAGGCUAUUAAGAUGAUCUCGGUAAAUAUCUUCCGGACUCUCCCGCCCAGCGAGAAUCCAGAGUUUGACCCCGAGGAAGACGAGCCGACACUUGAGGCCUCCUGGCCGCAUCUGCAGCUGGUGUACGAGUUCUUUCUGCGUUUCCUGGAGAGCCCAGACUUCCAGCCCUCCAUGGCCAAACGCUACGUCGACCAGAAGUUUGUCCUGCAGCUCCUGGAGCUGUUUGACAGUGAGGACCCCAGGGAGAGGGAGUACCUAAAGACCAUCCUGCACCGUGUCUAUGGAAAACUACUGGGCCUCCGAGCCUACAUCCGCAAACAGAUCAACAACAUCUUCCUCAGGUUCAUAUAUGAAACUGAGCACUUCAACGGAGUCGCAGAGCUGCUGGAAAUCCUUGGCAGCAUCAUAAAUGGCUUCGCUCUGCCUCUGAAAGCUGAACAUAAGCAGUUCCUGGUCCGAGUUCUCAUCCCGCUACACACAGCAAAGUCCCUUUCCAUCUUCCACGCACAGCUGGCCUACUGUGUGGUGCAGUUUAUGGAGAAAGAUGCUACUGUGACUGAAUAUAUCAUCAGAGGACUGCUCAAGUACUGGCCAAAAACCUGCACGCAGAAAGAGGUGAUGUUCCUGGGGGAGAUCGAGGAGAUCCUGGACGUGAUCGAGCCAUCUCAGUUCAUCCGGGUCCAGGAGCCGCUCUUCAAACAGAUCGCAGCCUGUAUCUCCAGCCCUCACUUCCAGGUAGCGGAGCGGGCUCUUUACUUCUGGAACAACGAAUACAUCCUCAGUCUGAUAGAGGAGAACUGUCAAGUCAUCCUGCCGCUGGUAUUUGCAACCCUCUACAGAGUCUCCAAGGAGCACUGGAACCAGACUAUUGUGUCUCUGAUCUACAACGUGCUGAAGACCUUCAUGGAGAUGAACAGCAAGCUGUUUGAUGACCUCACUGCCUCCUACAAAGUGGAGAAACAGAAGGAGAUGAAGCGAGAGAGGGAGCGCGCCGAGCUGUGGCGAGGCCUUGAGGAGCACCAGGAGCGCUGGCUGCAGAUGCUCACUGAGGCCGCCAGGAACCAGCGCAACCUCCAGGAGCGAGGCGAGAGAGGGGACCCGCCGACCCCUUCGUCCCCGCAGACGGCUCACUCCGACCAGCCCGAGCCCAAGCCCAGCGGGGCCUCCUCUGGAGCCGGGGAGAGCGCCACCUAGAUGCCGCUCCUCAGAGAUGGGAUAACAUGGUGGUUAGGGGACAGGGAGAAGAUAUGAAAGUUGAUGGUAAAAGUGUUGGGAAAGCUCAGACAGAAAAAGGUACAAAAUAAAUCCACAGUUUUUUGUGUCUUGUAUCAUCGAGGUGGUAGCUUUUUGUAAAGAAGCGCACAAACUCGGUGAUCCAACGUAAAAACUGUACCUUUUUUCUGACCGAGUUGUGUGAAACUGGUUCACUUUUUGCUGUACACACAUUAUGUUGCAGAUCAGAAGAUGAAUAUUGUCCAAAAAUGCAGACUGUCAUUUUAAUGAACAGCAGUUUAUUAAGCUGCAGGUCAGUAUCCAAACAUUGGUGGCUGGCCUGCUUUAAAUCAGCCUCAAAAUAAGAGAUGAAAUUUCUCUUUUGGUGCAACACUAACCAAGUUUAACAUGUGUCUAACUUGUCUUAACAUUUAACCAACUGUCAAAGGCUGUACUGUGGCCUCGUAUUUAUCUUUUGGUCAGAGAUGCUUAUUUCAUGCGUGGAUAGCACAAUACAUUGACAAACAAAAGAAGCAAUUUCACACAAAUGUCCCAAAACUAUUGCCGCACAGACCAGACAGACAGACACACACACACACACACA